ACCACGUCGCUUUUACGUAAGGGCAGGCGCUCCGGUUUCCUGGCGGAGAAGAUGGCGGCUCCUGGACCGGGGGAGUAUUUCAACGUCGGGAGCCAUGUCUCUUGCCUCACCUGCUUGGGCCAACGUCUGCAAGGAGAAGUGGUCGCCUUCGACUACCAGUCCAAGAUGCUGACCCUGAUUGAAGAAUGUGCUUCCUCCAGCGGAAAGCCAAACCUCUACGACGUCAUCCUGAUCAACUUAGCCUAUGUUUCUGAGGUGGACAUAAUAAAUGACCGCACUGAGACUCCACCCCCACUAGCAUCACUGAAUGUUAGCAAGCUUGCCAAUCGAGCACGGUCAGAAAAGGAGGACAAGCUGUCCCAAGCCUAUGCAAUCAGUGCUGGGGUUUCUGUGGAGGGCCAACAGCUAUUCCAGACUAUUCACAAAACCAUCAAAGACUGUAAAUGGCAGGAGAAGAACAUUAUUGUGAUGGACGACGUCGUAAUCUCACCGCCUUACCAGGUCGAGAACUGCAAAGGCAAAGAGGGAAGCGCUUUAAGUCAUGUACGCAAAAUAGUCGAGAAACAUUUUAGAGACGUGGAAAGUCAGAAGUCCAUGCAACGUUCACAAGCACAGCAAACACAGAAGGACUCCACUUUAUCUUCUUGAGUUGGCAGCGCGGGUCGUUCGGGGGAAGGCGACGCAGGUGGUUUUGUUCCCGCUGCCAGACUAAGUCGGCAUUCCUUGUCCUCAGUCUGAGACCACAAGGAGGAGCGCUGAGGGCCCUGGAUCCAGAAGAUCAAAAUACCAUUAAAUGAAAAAGACAAAAAAGAAAGAGGAAAGAUUAAAUCUUAAAUUAGACUUUAUAAAGAAUAAUUUAAACAUGAACCAUAAAGCAACCAUAGUUUCCUUAACUAACUUGUCUCAUUCUGCCCCCACUCCUCCCCCCCCUCCCUCCCUUCCUGUCCCCUGAAGCCUUUUCUUUUUUUCCACCCUUCUUCCUUUGCCUUCAGUUCCAUUUCAAAAAGAGAAAACUAGCGCAGUCAGAAAGGCUUGUUAGCUUUAUUUUCUGUCAUUGUUUCCUUUUUUGCUGUAUCCAUGUUCUAUUGUCUGUAUUUUCUGUAUUUUAAACAAAAUGUGACUUGAAAUGCCACACUUUAAAGGACAUUUUCUAAAAUAAAAGUAACAAAAAUUC